AUGCCCCUUCCCGUGCCCACCCUCAGGAGGCCCCCCUCCCUCACUGGGGCUCUGCCGCCCCCUCUCUGGCCCAAGGGGGCUGCCGCAGGCGGGGGCAGCCUGCUCCUCCUCUCACGCAGAGCCAGAAGGGCUGAGGCGAGUGGAGUGUCUUCCUUCUUUCCUCUAGGGCCCCCUCCGUUGAGGGAAGCUGCCUGUGGACUUCAUGACCCCCCCCCCCCGUUGCUUCUUUUCAGCAACAGCCACAGAAAUGCAGCCCCAGGCUCUGCUGUGCAGCUCAGGCCCCUCCCUGCAAGAAAAGGGCCAAGGGAUGUUUUCUCUAUUGGGUGGUUCUGUUGCCCCCUUGAUUUCAUGUUGUACAAACUUGAAUUUGCGUUGGAAACGGGGGUGUCUGUUCCUUUGCAGCUGGAGAGGCCUACUCACAGGGGUUACUCCUCACCCCCCCCCUUUCUGAAGCUGUAG